AUGAUGAAAACAACAUAAACACCACUCAAUAAAGAAGAAUAAAGGCGUUUAAAUUAAAUAGUUCAAUAAUUAUUAGAUUCAAAUGAUAGUGUGGAAUUCAGACAACCUGUGGAUUACAAAGCAUUAAAUUUACAUGAUUAUAUUACUAUUGUUAAAAAACCUAUGGAUCUUGGCACUGUAUAAAGGAAAUUAAAUAGCAAUAUAUAUAAAACAGUAGAGGAAUGUUUGGAUGAUAUCUAAUUGAUUUGGGAUAAUUGCAAAUUGUAUAAUGGUUCAUAAAGUGUAUAUAUUAUUACAAAUAAUAAAGUGGAUUACUAAGUUAGCAGAAAAAUUAGAGAGAUUAUUUAAGAAAAAUGUUAGAAACUAUUUACCACUUGUUAAUCUACCAUAAUUAGUGCCUAAAUAAAAAGAUGCAGGAGCAGAUGUAUUUUAAGAAGAACCUUAAGAUUAAGUGAGUUACAAUGACAAAGUUGAAUUUUCUAAUAAUCUAAAAUAAUUGGCUCCUGAAUAAAUUGGACUUAUUGUACAUAUGAUUUAAAAUACAUCUCCUAAUGCAUUCAUUGAGAUAGAAGGAGAGAAAUAUUAAAUCAUUGUAGAUUACAUAGAAUAUGAAGCAUUUAUAAAAUGUUAAAAAUAAAUACAAACUUGGAUUGCAGGAGAUACAAUCAAUAAGAAAGUGAAAAUUUGA